GUUACGCACGUGUGACAGCAAAAAUUUAAUUCUAUGGAUUCAGUUUCUGCAUUGCACAGGGCCAUUUCUGUUGUUCGACAGAAUGAGUCACAUAAAAACAAUAGAAGAUUUAAAAACAUCAGUUGCUGAAUUAGCAAGCCUGAUGGAUGAUACUUUCACAUGCUGCAAGCGGAACUAUGAUGCCUUGCUACCAUACAUUGGGAAAAAGGAAACAAAUUUUAAAAUAUAUCACAAAUUAAUAAAUGUUAAUAUAAUGUUGAACAAGUUAAGUGAAGAACUUGUAGGACUUAGAGUUGAAUAUGUAACUCUGUCAUCGUAUGAACAAAGAAUGGAGAUUGCUCUGUUUGAAGGAGGUAGAAAGAGAAGAAAGUGUGAUGUGCUCGAGUUAGGCAGACAUGAGACCAAAAGUAUAAAAAUGGAAGUGCCAUAUUCUGAUAACACCAAGUGUUGCAUUUCAUUAACUUCAGAGACUGGAAUCAAUAUGCAGUCAAAGAAUUUGGAAUCUGAGGAUACUGAAGAAACUAGACAGUCACCGUUGCCGAAGUCAGACAUACACCGGCCAAAAAACGUAAAAACAGAAAUACAAGAUUCAAAUGAAGUUGAAAAUUUAUUUGUUUUUCCCAUUGGUAAUAAUGAUAUUCCUGCAGAUCAAACAUCAUGUGAUACUAGAAAUAAUAGAGUGACAGUUUGUUUUGCUGGUGAUGAGGAAAGUGCUUCUGUGGCAAGUAGACUUGUGAGAGACAAUGCUUAUGAUGAACCAGGUGAUACGAUUACUCAGAGAGAAAACACUGAAGAGUGUUUCCCAUUGGAAAGUUUGGGAAGUCAGACUAGCAAUCAAGAGAAGUACGAAGACAUUGGCAGUGUUCUUCAUGAAGAUCAUAGCAUUCGCAGAUAUCUAGGAGGAAAAGUUGAAUCAUUACAAGGGAGAUCAAACACUGGUAACAAAGAAAAGAAAAGAGCUCCCGAUUUUCCUAUCAUAUAUGAAAAUGGUCAGAGUUCAGAGGAAUUGUGUGAUGCAGGUGAUGAACUGUAUGGUAUUGUAAGGCACCAGAAUGGGAGAUUUAAGUGUACAUUACGCAAUGAUGGACUUGUUAAUUACCAGGCAGUGCCUGUUUGUGUGAAAAGAAAGCAGCAUAAAAGGAAACGAAAAAUUUCCAAGAAGAACAGUUGUGCCACAGUUUCUGAAGUUCCAGAUGUUAGCUGUGAAGGUGAAUUUGUUAAUUACCAGGCAGUGCAUGGUCAUUUGAAAGGAAAGGCAUACAAAAUGAAACGAAAAACUGCGAAGAACAACAGUUGUGCCAGAAUGUCUGAUGUUCCAAAUAACAGCUGUGAACAUGAACUUGUGAAUUAUCAGGCAGUGCAUAGUCUUUCGAAAGGAAAGAUGCAUAAAAUGAAACGAAAAGCUGCCAAGAAGAACAGUUGUACCAGAAUGUUGGAAGUUCCAAAUAACAGCUGUGAAGGUGAACUUGUUAAUUACCAGGCAGUGCAUAGUCAUUCGAAAGGAAAGAUGCAUAAAAUGAAACAAAAAACGGCCAAGAAGAACAGUUGUGCCAGACUGUCUGAAGUUCUAAAUAAUUGUUGUGAAGAUAAACUUGUUAAUUACCAAGCAAUGAAUGAUCAUCCAAAAGAAAAGAAGGAUAAAAUUAAACGAAAAACUGCCAAAAAGAACAGUUAUGCUAGAGUGUCUGAAGUUCCAAAUAACAGCUGUGGAGGUGAACUUGUUAAUUCCCAGGCAGUGCAGGGCCAUACAAAGCAAAUAAAGCCUAAAAAGAAACGAAUAACUGCCAAGAACAGUGGUGCCCAAAAGUCUGAAGUUACAAAUAGCACCACACAGUGCAAGGUCAUGUGAGAGGAGAGAAGCAUAAAAAAGAAAGACAGAUACUGCCAAGAAGAACAGUUGUGCCAGAAUCUGUAGUUAGGAAUAACAGCUGUGAAAGUACAGCAUCUGUUUCUGUAUGGCCUGCUAUUUCCUGCUUAUUUACUGACUGUUGUAGGGUACAGGUACCAAACAAUAUCAGUUAAACGUGCAAUCAGGUUAGUUGAUGUAUGAAUGUAUGUACGUGCAUCAUUUCAUGUUAACAAAAAUUUUUCAGGUUUCAUUUAGGAUAAAUAAUCUCUUCCCUUUGUAAUGAACUGGUAAUAAGAUAAAUACCCAACAUAAAGGACACACGUUUCUAGGUAGGCUAGGUCAUCUUGAUCAGAAAGGUAUAUUACGAAACGUUGAACUGAAAAAUAAAUCCUGCAGUAACUGUUGGAAAUACCAGUCAGUCUAGAGAACAUUGUUUGCAGUACUCAGUUUAUUUUGGAAGACAAUGUUUUUUGUAGUGUGUGCAACUUUUUCUGUGAAAGUACAGCAGCAUUAAGUCAUAUGAUGUGCAAACUGACUCAAGAAGUUAGAUGAAAUGAUAAAAAUCAAUAUAGAGCCAACAACCAUAACAAUAUGAGAAAAACUGAAAGAUUCAAAGUAAUGUAUGUGUGUAUUAUGAACUUAUUUUCAGUGUAAAUAUGUUAUUUCCAUUGACCAUUUGUUAAUGUAGUGUGAUGACCCAAUGUUUAAGUGUCAAGACAGACAUUGGAUAGCUCCUGAAUAUGAUCCUGUGUCUUGUAGGUUUUUGUGUUACGUAAAAGACAAUACUCAGAUGAAAAUAUUUUAUAUAAUUUAACUGCAUAUCAGAGAAAAGAAGUCCUUUUGUGUUCAAGCCCCCCCCCCCCUUCCUCAUGUACCUCCCCCUCUCUCCCUCUCCUCCCCCUCUCCCCCGCCCUCUCCCCUUUAAAUGUAAAACUGCAAGAUUUGUGAAGUGUUGUAAAUGUAUAUUACAUAAAUCUAAGAUACCUACUGAUUAUUGAAGUUUGAGGUCCUGGCAAAAACUGUGAAGAAAAGAUUACUUCGUACAAGUGUUAUGCAAAUGUGUCACCAAGGAGCAUAUGUUUACGAAUGCACCAUAUGGGAAAGUGAAACGAAAAUUAGUGACAUGACAAGAGUGAGAUAAAGUAAAAAUAUCAGAGUUAAUUAAGGAGGAAAUCAGCUGUGAUUUUCCCAUAAUUACAGAUAACUAAUUUGCUCCUGAGGUAUCACCUUCACUUUAGUUGGCUCAGCAUUUUAUUUUUUCAUGACCGGAGAAGAUCUGGAGAAGCUCAAACUUCAUUUGGAAAUUCUGCAGUAGGUGCAGGUUUCAAAUACAAUAACUCUUCAGAUUAAUAUCUAUUUAUAAGGAACACUGCAAUAAUCUCUCAACUUCAAUCUAAAUGUCCACUUGACAGCUCAAGACAUAACAACAGAAUGCUAACACCUAUUUAACAGCUAAGUCUUUUUCUCUUGUUUUUGGUGAAAUCAGCCGCACUGUCAAGACGUGCUCUUUAUUUGAUAGUGUGUCCUUCU